UUCAUGUUGUAGUAGAAUUCUAUUUUUCCUGUCUUUAUUCCAUCUUCCUCCUCUCCCCUGUAAUUGCUCCCUUCUCUGUCUCUCUCUCUCUCUCUCUCUCUCUCUCUCUCUCUCUCUCUCUCUCUCUCUCUCUCUCUCUCUCUCUCUCUCUCUCUCUCUCUCUCUCUCUCUCACACACACACACUCCUCUGUCUCCCGCUGCACUGGUCAGGCUUACAGUAGGUGCUCUCUCCCUCUAUUGAUCUCUUCACCGGACCUCUCUCUCGCUCCCAUCACUCCUAUGCCUCUCUCUGUGGAUGAGGGGAACCGGGACUUGACUCUCCCUCCUUCCUCUCCUCCGCCACCUCCUCCUCCUCUUCUUGCCUAACGCGGAGAUCAUGUUCUAUUUCCAGCUGGUGAUCAUGGCAGGGACGGUUCUCCUGGCGUACUACUUUGAGUACACAGACACGUUCCCCGUGCACAUCCAGGGCUUCUUCUGCUACGACAAGACGUUCUCCAAGCCCUACCCCGGCCCGGAUGACACCAGCAAGAUACCCCCACUGCUGGUCUACUCACUGGUUACAGGCAUCCCCUGCUUCACGUUACUGUCUUGUCUCAUCGCUGCAAUUCCCGUACGGACUCGGGAGAGGCGAAGGUCGAGAGCCAUGUGUCCUCCGAAAAACAACCCAACCAAGCCACACUGCUUCUUGACACAAUGCACAUCCAACCUGGAAGCCGCAACAAUGUGUCGGAGGAAACACGGUACACCUGGAGACCUGGUCAGUGUGCACUGCAACAGGCAUGACACAGGAGUCGCUAGUGCGCAAUGAGACAAGGAUAUCCCUGCCGGACAAACCCUCCCCAACCCAGACGACGCUGUGCCAAUUGUGUGCCGCCCCAUGAGCCUCCCGUUCGCGGCCGACUGCGACAGAGCCUGGGCUCAAACCUAGAAUCUCUGGUGGCACAGCUAGCAGUGCCUUAGGCCACUGCGCCACCUGGGAGGCUCAACUUCAUAAUUCUAUGCACUAUGAAUUUUUCUAGAAUCUUUACAUCACAACACUGAAGUGUUAGGGGCCUCCAAUUUUUUUACUGGAUUUUAUAUUUACCAUUUGGAUCCUGUUUAAGUAAGUUGAGUAUCUGAUAAUCUACCAUUUUUAUAGGAGUGGUUAAAACAUGCAAAUAACGGUCCUCUGAGUACAUCAAAAAAGGUUUGGUGUACCUCAACUGUUAUGCCAUCCAGCCCUGGAGUUUUCCCGGACACAAAGGCUUUAAUUGCAUCAAGAAGUUGGAUGGAGGAGACUGAAACGAGUACUUUUGUAAGGAUCGACGCUGGUAGAGACGAGAAGCAGGUACAGGGAGUGAACAUUUAAUAUCAACGGACAUGGAACAGGACAGCGUCUGGACAUGAACACAUAAUGACAAUAAUGCUGACACAGGGAACAAAUGGUGGAGCAGACAAAAAUAGGGAAGGCAAUCAACAAAGUGAAGGAGUGCAGGUGAGUCCAAUGAGCGCUGAUGCGCGUAAUGAUGGUUACAGGUGUGCGUAAUGAAGGUGUGCGCAACCUGGCGCCCUUGAGUGCCAGAGAGGGAGAGCGGGAGCAGGCAUGACAACUUUGCUCCCUCUUCCAAAAUAUUGUUUGAUGAAUCAUGGGGGACUCCGUCAUUUGUAAGUUUCAUUAAAUUAGGUUGAGAUGAAAAAAUGUGGCGCAUUUUUCCCCAUAUUCCAUCCAGUUCACUGUAUUUUUUGUCAAAUAUUACACUUGAUCUUUCUUGAAUAAGUUCCUCCAUUUAUUUUAGUUUUUCCUCUUAACAUAUUCUGUGCCUCUAUGGUACAGUUUUUAUUGCUAUCUGUACUGUUUGUCCCUCUAUUUCCUUUGGUAAUAUGAGUUCUUUUGACCUAAAUUGCUUUUGUUUUAAAGAUGAGUAUUGAAUUACAUGACCUCUAAAUGCACAUUUAAGUGUCCAAUAGAUUAAGGGGAUCUGCUGUGCCUAUAUUAUGUCAGAAAAAGGAAGUUAUAAAUUAUUCUGUCCUGGUUAAAAACAAGGUGUUAUCCAAUAAAAUUUUAAUA